AUGAGCUGCUCCAAGCUAUGCUUAAGGGAUGAUCCUGAUAAAUUUCGUGAGAAAAGAGAUAAGCGAAAUCGUAAAAAGAGAGAAAAAUUUACUGCUCUAUCUGUCGAAGAGAAAGAAGCUCAGCGGAAAAAGAACAGAGAAGCCUACCAGAGGAAAAAAUUGGAAAAAAUGCAUUCCAUGUCCUUGCCACAACAAUUUGAAAAGGCUUGUAAAUCACCAUUUUCUGCAUCUGUUAUAUGUAGCCUUCCUGCUCAACAAUAUUCUCAUGCUUUGAAUCAUAAAGUUACCGGACCCAUUGCAUCUCAAACUUCCAAACACAAUGAAAAUGUUCAUGGAAUUAUUGGUUGUAAUCAAGCUCAUUCACGCAGUGAUGUCUCAUGCUCUCAUUUUACAGAACACUUUACAGGUGCUUCAAAAUCUGGUAUUCGAAUUUCUCCCUCUCCAAACAAUAGUGGUGAACUAUCUUCUGCUGAGUUGGGUAAAAAAUUAAAGCAACAGAUUUCUUCCUUCUCAAGCUAUGAGAAAGGAUCUACUUCUAACUCUGCUACACAACAUACAUGUGUACCUACUGACAUGAUACACAAUGCAGAUAAAUCAUUCAUAUGUAUGAACUGCUACAAAUUCUUGACAGAAAUAGCUGAACAAACGUCAGAUUUGUCAGCUAUCCACCCAACAUACGAGGUGUAUGAAGUUCCUCAUAAUCGUUCUACUAGAACAAGGAGAAGUGCAGGUAACCAGCCUAUUGAUGGAGUUCAUGCACUCCAAUUUAUUAAUGAUCAGGCAGAUAGAUUACCUCCAAAAACUGAUUGUCAAUAUUGUGGAGCAAUAAAACUGCACUCUGAGACACCUAAUUUCUGUUGCUCUGACGGACAAGUAGUUCUACAUGAAAAUAAAUUGCCAGAUAUUCUUGUGGAAUUGUUCACUGGUCACUCUGAUGAAACUUUAUCCUUCCGCACAUAUGUCAGAACAUAUAAUAAUAUGUUUGCCUUUACCUCUUUUGGUGUACACUAUGAUAAAUCGCUCUGCAAGAGAACAAAUGGCAUUUAUACCUUCAAAGUUCAGGGACAAACCUAUCACUUUAUCAAAGACCUUAUUCCACAUGGAGGAUCUGGAUUAUAUCUACAACUGUAUUUUCAUGAUACAGACCAUGAGCUCGAAAACAGAAUGGUAGUUUUAGAAAGAUUAACAGAGACUAUAGUAAUGAAGGUCAUGGAAGUCAUGAAGUCUAAUCCAUACGCAUGUUUUCUCCGCAGUCUAAGAAACGUUCCAAAUUUAGAUUCAUAUCAGAUAGUCUUGAAAUCACAUUCACAAAAUGAUCAACGAGUAUUCAAUCACCCAACAGCUUCUCAAGUUGCAGCUCUUUGGACAGAAAUAGAAAAUUCAAGAACAAGUUAUGCCAGACACAUCAAAAUUUAUACAAAAGAAGGAAGGGAUCACCUCGUGCAGUACUAUUAUGGGUGUUACGAUCCUCUGCAGUAUCCACUAUUAUUUGCACUUGGUGAAACAGGCUGGCAUCCUGGGAUCAGAAGAUUGGUCAGAGAAAAUCCCAAAAAGAGAAAAAGAUGUAUUCAGAGGAACAAAUCUACUGCUAUUCUGACCAAUUACAAAUCUGCUGAAGACAUGAUAUCUGCUGAAGAACAAGUCUCUAAUGAUCCUGAAAACAACGGUGAAUUUGUGUCAAUGCGAGAAUAUUAUGCUUAUAAAUUGCAGAUGAGAGACAAAUAUUCUCCAAACAUACUUAACACUGGCAGAUUACUUCAACAAUAUGUUGUGGAUAUGUACAUCAAAAUUGAAAGCCAAAGAUUGGAUUACUAUAAGAGCAAACAGGAAUUUAUAAGAAGAGAGCAGCUACAAGGCGUAAUGGAUAGCGUUAUAACAGGUCAAUGCCAAGCUUCAAAAAUAAGCCAGCGAGUGGUGCUUCCAGCUUCAUUCAUAGGAGGCCCUUGUGACAUGAAAAGCAGAUAUGUUGAUGCUAUGGCUUUGGUGCAAAAAUUUGGCAAACCGGAUUUAUUCAUUACAAUGACUUGCAAUCCUUCGUGGCCAGAAAUAAAGAAUCUCAUGCUUCCAACAGAUGAAGCACAUAACAGGCCAGACUUGCUCAGUCGAAUCUUCCACGCAAAACUUGAUGUUUUAAAACAGGAGUUAUUCAAGAAAGAAAUAUUUGGAUCUGUUGCUGCUUACACCUAUGUCAUAGAGUUCCAGAAACGCGGUCUACCUCAUGCUCAUUUCCUCAUAAUUUUAAAGCCAUGUUCAAAACUUUACUCCAUAGAUUCUUAUGACAAGAUAGUUAGUGUAGAGAUUCCAGAUCAAAGCAAAAAUCCAUAUCUUUUCAACAUGGUUCGUAAACACAUGAUUCAUAGCCCCUGUGGAAAAAGAAAUCCAACCAAUGUUUGUAUGCAAGGAGGACAUCAGAGAAAAUGCAGGAACAAUUAUCCAAAGCCAUUUGCCGAUAAAACUUUUCAUGGAGAUAAUACAUACCCCACUUAUCAAAGAAGAAACAAUGGAUACAAAAUGAUGGUCCGUGGACAUGAGGUUGAUAACAGAUGGGUUGUUCCAUACAGUCCUUACCUUCUUGGAAAAUUCAACUGCCAUCUGAACGUUGAAAUCUGCUCUACAGUCAAGGCAGUGAAGUACAUAGACAAGUACAUCUACAAAGGUCAUGACAAGAUUCAUUUUCAACUCAAUUCACAGAAUUCUAAUGGCCCAAAUUCUAAUGGUCAUGUCUCUGCAAUCGAUGAAAUCAAAGACUAUUAG